UCUUCUUACUUGCCUCUGAUCCAGCAGCAGGUUCUCCAAACAACAUGGCGGCCCGUGUCCUGCAGCAGUGUGUCCGCUCGCUCGCCCGACCCUCGCUGAGACUCUGCCCGGUUAACCUCGCUCUCAGACCGACUGUCGCACCGACAGUCACCGUUCACCGACUUCUCUCGUUCGCGGCAGACAGCCGGAGGACGCGGUGGCUGGAACAGAGCAGGAUCUCAUCAGUGGGAGUGUUUUGCCGACAGUAUGGCGACCUGCCUCCUCUCACCAUAGAAACCAUUAAAGACCGUGUCAUGUAUGUACUUAAACUCUACGACAAGAUCAACCCAGAGAAGCUUCAAACAACCUCCCAUUUCAUGAAAGAUUUGGGUUUGGACAGCUUGGACCAGGUGGAGAUCAUUAUGGCCAUGGAAGAUGAGUUCGGCUUUGAGAUCCCAGAUGCUGAAGCAGAGAAGCUCAUGACUCCAGAGGAGAUUGUACAAUACAUUGCAGACAAGAAGGAUGUUUAUGAAUAACAGUUCAAAGGCAGUUCCAGAGGAUGCCGCCCCAUGGGAAGUACUUUUGAAGCAGAUUGGCACCACUUUUUCCACUUCCGCCCCAUAAGCUCCUCAGUCCAUCAUGGCAAAGUCUGCAUCGUCAGCUGUGUCUUGUGUUUCAGUGUAUUUAAAAUGAAAAUGUUCUUGGGAGCUUGGAUAUAAAAAAAAACUAUUAAACAAGGAUCUGCCACUGCUCUGAUUUUCAUUUUUCUUCAGGUUCCAGCCUGUGAAACUGAUGUACACUUUUUCUCUAAUAGAUCAAUAAAGGCAGUAUGGAUGGUUCUGUGA